AUGGUUCACUCUCGUUCUAUGCUUACAGCUGUUAUCGCUGUCGGAGCUGCUUCCACAGCUCUCGCAAUCCCUUUGCCGUCUGCGGGUAUCCCAGGAGGCCCUCUCACUGGUUUGGCUCCUAAUACUGGUCUGCCGCCACCUCCAGCUCCUCUUAUCGGAAGUGGCCCCAUUGCUCGUGCCGAAACGGACACUCAGAAGCUCAGCGCUCGAGAAAUCGAUGUUUUCGUCGAGGGCGAGGAUAAACCGCGUCACCAUGGCGGCGAGCAUUUUGGUGUUGAACAUCACCACCAUCACCAUCAUCAUCAUCACCACCACCACCCUCAUGGUGAGGAGGAACAGAUCGAGGUGGAGGUCGAGGAGCACCACCGUCACCACCACCAUCACCACCCUCAUGGCGAAGAGGAAAUCGAGGUUGAAGUGAAAGAGCAUCGCCACGACCAUCACCGUCACCACCACGGUGAGGAGGAACUCGAGAUCGAGGUGAAGGAGCAUGGCGAACAUCGUCAUCACCACCACCACCACCUCCACGGUGAGGAGGAAGUUGAGGUUGAGGUGAAAGAGCAUCGUGGUCAUCGUCACCACCAUCACCACCACCCUCAUGGUGAGAAAGAGAUCGAGGUGGAAGUGAAGGAACACCACGGUCACGGUCACCACCACCACCACCCUCACAGUGAGGAGGAGGUCGAGGUGGAAGUGAAGGAGCAUCUCGGUCACGGUCACCACCACCACCCUCACCCUCACGGUGACGAGGAAGUUGAAGUUGAGGUGAAGGAACAUCACGGCCACCGUCAUCACCACCACGGUGGGGAAGAAGAACUCGAAGUCGAGGUGAAGGAGCACCACGGUUACCCUCACCGUCAUCACCAUCACGAGGAGUUCGAGGAGCACCGUCGUCACCACCACCACCACCACCGCCACCCUCACGGUGAGGAGGAAGUUGAAGUCGAGGUGAAGGAGCACCACGGUCACCCUCACCGUCAUCAUCAUCACGAGGAGUUCGAGGAGCACCGCCGUCACCGCCACCACCACCACCACCACCAUCACGCUGAGAAAGAGUUCGAGGUCGAGGUCAAGGAACACCCCGGUAACCGUCAUGGUGAAAAGGAAAUCGAGAUCGAUAUUGAGGAAGUUCCUCACCACCACCACCACCACCAUGGUAAGAAGCACUUCGAGCAUGAGCACAAGCACUUCGGGCACCAUGCCGAGCACGAGCACGAGCACGAAGUGGAAAUCAUUCCCGUUCCAAUCCCCGUUCCCGUUCAUGCUCCCGUUAACGAGCACAAGUUCCAGGCGAAGAAGGAAGAAGUUACGAUCGUAGUUGGCAUGGAAAAUGGCCCAGCAAUCGGUGGUCGUCCCCUCCAACGAAUGGAACGUCGCCGCGUUGAUGAAGGUUCUUCGACUACUCCUGGCUCUGGUUCUGGCUCUGCUUCCGGCCCUGGUUCCGGCUCGUUAAAAACUCCCCCAUCUACUGGCUCUUCUCUUACUCCUAUCACGGAAGAAGUCCCAUCACCUACAGCACCUGGAGUUGCUGGAGCCACGAAAUCCGCCCGCCCUACGCUGCAGCGUGGUAUUCCUUUCUCAACUGCUCUGCCUCUCCCUACGCAAGGGAGCUUAGGUUCCCGUUCUACCCCGUUCGGUGAUUUCGGAGAUGACUUGGACUAA